GUAUACUGAAUAUUGUAAACGCCGCGUUGGUUUCGGAUUGCAAAAACCCCACCCUGUACAGCAAAAAUCUGAUUGGAUUCAUUCGACAGUUUCGUUUGUCGUAAGAAGGAUGGAAGAUUGAAAAUGCUUUCGGAAAUAUUUCUUAUCCCAGUGGUGUUUCUAGCCGUGUCGCAGGUUAAAGCACAGGUCAUAGAAACUUUAGGAGAGCUGAAUUUCUCGUGUCCUGAAGGAUGGAGUAUACACAAGGCAAACUGCUACAUGAAAGUGGAUGUGGAUGAGACCCAUAAAGAAGCAAAAGCUGUUUGUACCAGGCAGGGUUCAGAUUUGUUUAUGCUAAACAACGAUAUCGAGUAUGACGAGGCUGUACACAAACUAUUCCCCACCAAGAAUAUCUGGAUUGCCUACAAAACAAAUGAUACGUCUCUGGACUUCAUCAAGCGUUGGGCUAACUUUGAGCCUGUUGUUAUACCUGAUCAGCCAGGCUGCAUCGUGCUAGAUCCUAUUGCUUCAAAAACACGUGUGGCUGACUGUGAUGAGAGACACGCCUUUGUGUGCAAGAGACGCGCUUGCCUCCAAGGCUAUGUGUCAUGUGACAAAGCCACUAAGUGUAUACCCAUGGAGCGCAUGUGCGAUGGAAACAUGGACUGUGACGACACGUCAGAUGAGUUCUUUAAUUGUUCUCCCAAAGGAUAUCAUUCUAUCCAUGUGAAUGGACCCAGCAGUUUAAACACCGGAACACUGACAGCUGGUAACCAGAUAACAUGGAACCUGGUGGCACCCAUUGGUAGAAGAAUCAGGAUUUUUAUCCAAACAACAACAUUGGCAGCCAAUCUUGCCUUUCUGGAUAUCUACUCAGGGACUCCGUACAUGCAGGAAGCUUCACUGAUCAAGCGAUUCACAGGCACCGUCAGUUCACAAUACAUCUUCUCCACAAACAACUUCCUCACCAUUAACAUGUAUGCUCAGAAUGUCCAGUCAGCAGUGCCAGCAUUUAACAUACUUUACACCUCAGACCUUCCAGAAAUCUUUCAUGGCUUCAAGGAUCUCACUGCCUCCAUCAGUUGGGAACAGCUGGUGUUCCCUUACCAAGAUGAGAUGAACAAACCUGCUCAGCUGCAACUCAGAUGGAGAAUCACUGCACCUGUUGGACAAUUAAUAUCUUAUUAUUUGGAAAAGGUAGAAAAUUCCAGUAAACCUUUACAAGCAGAAAUAAUGAGCGGAGACUGGACACUGUCUAUGGAUCAUAUCUAUGUGUCUGGUACAAACACACUUGAAAUUGUCAUGAAGGAAGUCCCCAGUAACACCAAGCUAAUGUACAAGACAGGAUGUGGGCAGAUUGUAAGCCGCCACAGUGGAACGAUCAUCUCUCCCAACUUAAUGGGCGUGAUCCCAAACAAUGUCAUGUGCUCCUGGACCCUGGAUGGGGGGCAGCGGGCUGGCAGAGGAAUGUCACUCAAGUUCUACACAAACUUUACGUCGGACCCUAGAAUUACACCAGGGAGCAGAUCUGAAGACUACAUAACUAUCAAUGCAGAUGGGAAUACUGUCAAGAAUUAUACAGACAGGAUAUACAGCAGCAGAAAUGGACUGGUUGUGAUUGAUUUUACAUCAGAUGCAGCAUUAAAUUCGAAUUCAUUUAGGAUUGAAUUUGCCACGGACUGUCCCGCUUUGAAUGUUUCGAGCGAGACAAAUAAGAGCAAGCAAGGCGCAGUGUUUGAAGAAGAUGUGGAACUGAGCUGCCCGACUGGUCACAAGUUUCACCUUGAGAAAUACUCUGAAAACAGGUCAUUGUCUUUGACCUGUGGAAAGGAUCAGCAGUGGUACAUUAAAGAGGAAAAACUUUUUGCAAUCCCAGAGUGUAGAGUGGUUUACUGCGGCCCUCCACCCAAGAUUGAGAACGGCUAUAUUGUCAAGGCGACUGGGGCCACAUACAACUCUACGACUAUUUAUAGCUGUGCACAGGGAUUCACAAUGUUUGAAAACAAGAAUGCAACCUGUGAUGAGAAUGGGAAGUGGAUGAAUGCACCCACAUGUGAUUCUGCAACCUGUGAGGCGCUGCCCGAUGGCAUGUUACUAGACGGAUCAUGGAGUAUAAUAGCUGGCAAUAACUUUACAAAUGGCAAAGCAGACUUCAACACUGUUGUUAAGUUUUCUUGCAAUCCUGGGUUUGAGCUCAUCGGGCCAAUUCGAACUCGUUGUAUAGAUGUAGGCUGGACGCAUCAGAAUACUCUUCCCAAUUGUACAAGAUUACCAUGUACAAAGCCUGUCGUGGCAAAUGGUAACCUCAUCGGAACCUCGAACCCUGUAUAUGGGGAUACUUUGAAUGCAACAUGUAAUCCCGGGUUUGAACUGUCCAAUAGUGCAGGAUUUCUGAUAAUGACGUGUGGAGUCAAUCAAACUUUCGAUAUCAUGGCAAUUUGUGUAGAUAUUAAUGAAUGCAGUAAAGGACUUGCAACAUGUCAUGUUGAUACAACAACCUGUGAGAACACUGAAGGGAACUUUACAUGUAGGUGUAGGGCUGGAUACAAUGCCAUUAACGAAACAGCAUGCACUGACAUCCUUGAGUGCAACAACAACAAGGGUGGAUGCAGUCACACCUGCAAUGAACAGCAACCCAAUUACUCAUGCAGCUGUCCAGAAGGGUUUGUUCUGUUCAAGCAAGGUGGAAACGAGGGGUUCGCCACUCGACCAUCAGAGACUGGGCACAUGCCUGGAGAUGUGUACCGAGUAGACCACACAUGCGUCCCUAAACAGUGUCUAUCAUUACCUACUCUGGCCAAUGGUCAGUAUCUGACCAGCGAUACAGUAUUCCACUAUAAUGACUCUGUAGAGGUUCACUGUAAUGACGGAUAUUUUCUGACGGGUAGAAAUAGCACUGAUGCCACUAUUGAGUGUCAGGAUAAUGGGGCGUGGAAUGAAACUCUCACAUGUCAAGCACGCUCUUGUGAUAUGCCCGUGCCUCCUAGCAAUGGCGUCUUUAAUGUAGCUGGCGUGAGCUUCAUGCAGACUGUGACUUUGACCUGUAACCUCACAGAGACCAAACAAGUCUCCAAGUCAGCGGUGUGUGUGUACAUCAGCAAGGCAGAGGGCAUGAGACUGGCCGGGGACAAUCUGACAUGUCCAGAGAUUGACUGUGGAUCCCCCGAUGCAGUCCUCCCCAAUGGAGCAGAUAUCACUCAACCGGAUACAACCACCUAUCUGUCCACUAACUCAACAUUUGUGUUCGCAUGUAAGGCAGGAGCAUCUGUAAAAGGAGUGUCAGAGAGCAAUGACACAAAUGUUAAGUGCAAGGCAAAUGGGAGAUGGAGUCUGGGUACCCUUAGCUGUUUAGGUAUGAUGUGUUCCGACCCCGGCACUCCUGGAGGCAUGACUCAGUUGGCAACUAGUUACGAGAUCGGAGCCAAGUUAAGCUACAGGUGUACUAGGAGUGGGUUUGAACCAACAGGGCCACAGAACUAUACCUGUCAGUAUGAUGCUGGUUCUGGUUCUGCAGUGUGGAGUGACAACUUGACCAGCAAUCCCCCAUCCUGUCAAGAUACCGAGAAACCAAAAGUCACCAUGUGCCCAAAUUACAGCUCUGACUAUUUUUAUGCUAUGGGCACUGUGAACUUUAUGACCCCUAACUUCACUGAUAACUAUGGCAUCAAAAUUUUCAACCGCACUGGGAGUUCCCUCCGCUCAGGGGAUGUAUUGAGUCCAUCAAGCAGCCAGAUCAACAUGAGCUUCAUAGCGACAGACUAUGAUGGGAAUAUGGAGACAUGCUCCUACACGUUUAAUGUAUAUGAUAAAAGCGUAAAGCCAAACAUCACAUGCCCUCCAGUGAAAACAGUUACUGUGACCGAUCAAAAUGGAGUGAGUGUCAAUGUAUCAGACUGGAUAACAGUGACUGACAUGCCCCAUCACAAUACACUUCUGAGUUUCAGCACGUCAGUUGUCACGGGCACAGUGGCAAAUAUUGGAACAUCCCAGGAAGUCACUGCUACAGCACGAUUUACUAGCGGUCCUAACGUAAAUGUUGACUCAAACUGCAAAUUCCUCGUGAAUUUUGUUGCUGGUAUGUGCUUUAAAGAGCAGCUGUUUUCUGACCACAACUCAGUGCGAAGCUGCUUCUCUAAUGCAACAGGUUCACUUGUAUGUACCUCCACCUGUAAUAGAAGCUAUGUGUACGGAGAUGGUGCCACGGUGAAAACAUUCACAUGUUCAGGGGGAAACGAAUGGGACUAUAAUUUUGUGGAUCCUGCAAAUAGGUUUUGCUUGCCCAUUCAAAGCUCGGAUGACACCAUCACCACAUCCGUUGUUUAUGACUUUUCCACUAACAACUAUAACUGCACAUCACAGUUUGCAAGUAAAGUGGCUCCUAUGUUGUCAACAUUUGCUACACGCUUGUCAACGUCAUGUGAUGGUCUUUCUUGGAACGUGGAACAUACAAACACUACACUUGUAACUUCUAGUCAGUUCGGUGCCACCUACCUUCUAAAACUGCAAGAGCCUAGCUCGGAUACCACCAAGAAGAAUAAAUGCCUCCAGUCUAUCAGAGCUACGCCAGGGCUGUUUAAUUUGACUUAUUCUGAAGUGAUCUGUGACGAAUCAAGAAUCGGAACUGUCUCUGCUAAAACGGUCACAGCUGGGGCAAUUGUUGUGAACUGUAGAAACAGCAGUCAUAACAAGGUCUUUAGCCAAAGUCUUACUGCAGAUGUGUGCGUCACUUGUGGCCAGGGAUACUACUUUAGUUUAGCAAUGGGAGAAUGUGCAAAAUGCCCAGUUGGUCAGUACCAGGACUCCACUGGACAGAACCAGUGUAAACAGUGUCCAGCAGGAACCUCUCCUAAUUCUGACCAGACGCAGUGUCAGAGCACCUGCCAGGCUGGUUAUAGAUCAAAUACGGGGUUCUAUCCGUGCAGUGUGUGUCCUGUGGAUACUUACUGGCUGAAUACGACCAACUGUGAAGCUUGUCCGAAUGAAGGAUCAACAGUUGGGGUGGUUGGAGCAACACGCACCUCUCAGUGCUAUGCACCAUGUCCUGUGGGUACCUACUCCUCCUCUGGUUACAUGAACCCGGGAUGCAUACCAUGUCCUCGAAGUUUUUACCAGGACAAAACAGGACAGAAGACAUGUACACCAUGCAGUGACCAGCAGUCAACAGCAGGAAAUGGCUCCACUGCAGUUGAAAACUGCACUGCUAUUAAAGAUGGCAUUUAG